ACUCAAGCUUCUUAUUUUUCACAGAAAAAGAGUGUUAGUACUGUGGAGAAAUUUAAGAUAUAGUUCGUAAUGGAAGGAUUAAAUUUAAAGGAGAAGAGUGAGUGCAGAGUAUGCGUUACAGGAGGAUCAGGCUAUAUUGGCUCUUGGCUUGUCAAGAAACUUUUAGAGAAGGGUUACACAGUUCAUGCAACUCUAAGGAACUUGGAUGAUGAAUCCAAGGUAGGGCUUCUAAAGGGGUUUCCAGGGGCAGAGGCAAGACUGUUGUUGUUCAAAGCUGACAUAUACAAACCAGAUGAGUUUGACAGUGCCAUUCAUGGUUGUACAUACGUCUUCCAUGUGGCCACUCUCUUUCAUCAACCCCAUGAUAAUGAAGCGUACAAGAAGACGGUUGAGGCUGCUGUAGCUGGGACAAGAAGCAUAGCAAUGAGUUGUUCAAGAUCAGGAAGCGUGAGGCGACUCAUCUACACUGCCUCCGUCGUCUCUGCAUCUCCGAUCAAGGAAGACAAGAGCGGUUUUAAGGACUUUAUGGAUGAAUCGUGUUGGACACCUUUGGAUUGGGUUCCACCUUAUAGUAACUAUUUUUUUAAGGCCUAUCAAGAUUCAAAAACAUUAGCAGAGAAAGAAAUUCUGAGCUUGGGGAAGGAAAAUGCAGGAGGUUCAAUGGAGGUUGUGACACUUGCAUGUGGCCUUGUGGGAGGAGAUACAGUCAAGUGGUUCACAGCCGAUUCUACAAAAGUAAUAGUUUCUCAGCUCACAAACAAUCAAGCUUAUAACAAUUCGCUCAACUACUUAGAAGCAUUGAUUGGGAAAAUACCGAUUGUACACAUUGAUGAUGUUUGCGAAGCUCAUAUAUUUUGCAUGGAAAACUCUUCCAUCCAUGGCAGAGUCUUGUGUGCCAGCUCCUUAAUCUCAUCUUCAGAAAUUGCCACAUAUUAUAAUGCCCAACAUUAUCCUCACUUUCACGUGAAGCAGCAGUACUUGGAAGGGCCGAGUAGAAAAAUCGAGUGGGCCUCGCGUAAGCUGACUGACAUGGGUUUUGUAUACAAAUAUGAUACCAAGAUGAUAUUGGAUGACUCAGUAAGCUGUGCAAAGAGGUUUGGUGAUCUCCAACAAUAAUAAAUCGUAUUUUUAUCUCAACAAUAAUACAAGUGAUUGUAUAAUGAUAUUGUAUCUUUAUAUGUAAUAAUGAUAAUAGUGAUAAUAAUGUAAUAAGUGAUUGUAAUACGAGGAAAACCAUAUAACCCUUAUGCAAAUGUAAUGGUAAUAUCUUUUCGUAAGUA